ACAUGUCAAGAUACACCGUGAUAUGUCAAGAUUCCUUUACGUGCCGGUAAAACCUUCUAAACAUUUCAUUGGACGUCGCAAGCAUUAGUUUUUUUUUAAAUCAAAAUUUUGCAACAGUGGAGACCACGAGGUUUAUUUCAAGAAUAUAGGAGACAUGAGAACCAUAUGCUGUUUAGCCCAUGGUAUGUCUUCCAAGGAUAUUUCACUACAGUUAUUCAGCAGACUGUUGUGCUUUGAAUGCCCGAGAUUGAAGCUAGGAUGGUUGAGGAUGUUCAUGCUGGAGGAGAAAAACUCUUAUCUUCAUCAGUAUAGCAAGUGCUUAACAGAUUUAAUAUAAUAACCAAAGUUAAGAAGUCACUUGGUGAUAAAUACUGAAAGGAGUCCUUCUCCUUUAGAUAGCAUUAAUAAGAAAAUAGUGGUGAGAUAUGUCAAUUAUUUUUGUACAUGGAUCUUGCGAGUAACUAGGUGACGAAUCGCAAAGGAGUUAGAGCGAGAACCUGUGGGAGGAGCGGGAGCCUUUGCAGACCCAUGGGAUAGCAGACAAGAUGGAGAAAUUCUUCUUCUACAGAUGCCUCGGCGUCCUAAAGAGACAAAACUGAAUGCGAGCCUUUCGCCCGUUGCAGUACGCUUAGAAGCCGUCGGUAAACAACUCGUCCGUUCUCCUCUAGUCAUAUCUGUUUUGCGUAUCUCGUCCGUCUAAAGCGUCAAGAUGUCUUGUCCUUUUUCGUGUUACUGCGGACUCAUCUGCAGCUGCGGCCUGAGCCCGCGACGCUCAGACGAUCCCGUCCCAAGUCCUCCACUCACCCGGAGGCAAUGCUCAAGGGACACUGUCUACGUCCUGCUUUUAGGUGCUGCCGAGACGGGAAAGUCUACCAUCAUGAGACAGAUGAAAAUUAUCCACAACGGUGGGAUGUCCCCGGCUUCCCUGAGAUCCUACACCCGGCACGUGCUGGGCAACGUCCUCAAGUGCGUCCAUAAGCUGGUUCUUGCCUUGCAGAAGGGGGCGGCCUGGGGGUCACCAGAGGCAGCCCAUGCGGCCAACGUCCUGGGUCAGGUGACUCACGGGGACUGGGGCUUGGAGGAAGGGGACAUGAAACCUGCUGUUCUGCCGCCCGAUCACGCCCAUCUCGUGCAAGUCCUCUGGAGAGACAACGCUGCUCAAGAAUGUUGGCAGAGGGCCAACGAAUUUGAUAUUCCAGAUAAUACAGCCUAUUACCUGAAUGCUAUCGAGCGCUUGGCGCAACAGCCAUACUUGCCCACGCAGGAGGAUGUGCUUCAACUUCGUAUCCCAACGAAAUCCGCAACAGUUUAUGACUUCCCAGACAGGAAUUGGACUUUUAGAAUCACGGACGUAGGAGGUCAGCGAGGAGAGAGAAAGCGCUGGUUGCGUCUCUUUGACGACAUCAAUGCCAUCAUUUUCUUGGCAGCCCUGAGUGAGUAUGACCAGACGUGGAGCCAAGAGGAAGAGGAGGGCAUGAAUCGACUCGAACUCUCCCUGCAGCUCUUCCGAGAAACGCUGAGGUACCCGGGCUUCUCGGAAACGUGCAUCAUCCUUUUCCUAAACAAAACGGACAUCCUGCAGAAGAAAAUUGCGACGUCCGACCUCUACAGAUACUUCCCCGACUACAACGGACCGAGGGGAGAUGCCCAGAGUGCCACGAAAUACAUUCGUAAUCGGUUUUUCGAAGUCGCUAGAGAUCGCAGCGAUUUCUUCACGCAUGAGACCUGCGCUACGGACACAAAUGCGACGAAGUUCGUGUUCUCUGCUGUGAGGGAGAAAAUUCUCUAUGAUAACUUGCGUAAACUGUCUCUUUCAAUGUAGGGCAAUGACGUUGUGUAAAAAAAAAAAAUAACCAUUCUGUGAUUAUAGGGUAAUAGCAACAGCAUUUGCUUAGAGGUAGUAUAGCAGUAUUUACACUUGGUUGUGAAACUGUCUCAGUUGAACGUACAAAAAUAGUUGUAAAUGAAUAAGUGUGGUGCCUCAGUGUACUUAACACUGCAGAGGUGCAUGUUUCGUGACAGUGCAAUAUGAAAGUGAAAAGAGAGAAUAACGUUGAUGAAAAAAUCAAUGUUCAAUUAUGGGACUCAUUGCAAUUAUAAGACAUCUAUACCAGAUAAGCUCCUGUGGCGUCUAGUAAACUACUAGUUGCUGUCGAGGACUAAAGCUUAACAAGAAUCGAAAAUAUCUCAUUCGGUAUGUUGGAAAUAUGCAUGCAGACCGAGGUAGCCUCUUCAAAGUUUACCUUUGAAAGUGACAAAUCUUUACUCUGGCUAGAUGGAAAAGUAUGAUGAUAUCUAGUUCCUAUGUUAUCGAAUUACCUAAUAAAAAAAAAUCAUACCGAA